AUGGCAAGAUUCACACAAGCGCCGGGCGCCGCCCUCAACAGAAGCUCGAUUGAUACAGCCUCGGCCGAGCUGGGGAUUCUCCUCCUGAGAAUACAGAACACGAUAUUGCAUACAGACAACGAGCGCGAACGAAGAUUGCGGGCUAGCGAGUAUGAGAGGGCCAGGGUGGCAUCUAAUCUUGAAUACGCGCGAAACUCGUUGACAAAGCUCGAACACGAUGCGCUCGGCAUCAAAGCACCAGGGCGCCGUGUUGAGGUGCAGACAGAUCUGAAUGGGAAGAGGGAGCUAUUGGAAUUGCUGCUGGACAGGCUAGAGGACCUCCGUCAGGUUGCGAUUAACGAUGAUGACGACGACGCAAGCACCGAUGGGGAGGACAUCCUCUCCGAGAUAAUACCCACGCCGAGCGACAGUAUAGUCGAUUCGAUACCUACAGACCUACAAACGGAAGGCUCAGAACAAAACGAAGAGGCAGAACCGGAACCGCCAGAGAUAACGCCGGAAGCUAUCACUGAGACAAGACCAUCAGCUCCAGCUCCAACUGCACCACCCGACUCACCUCCCGAGGUCCCGACUCCUUCAGGACAACAAGAUCCAGAACCCACACAAACAACACAGACUCUGCGGCCAAGAGGCGCAGCCGCAUCAAAUACACCUUCAGCGCAUUCUACUGCGCGCGCCGCCCUCUUCGCCAACCGCAGCAAGCCUGCCACUGCACAAACCUCAACAGCCACAGCAGAAGCGCUGCUGGACCGCCAACGCGCUGAGCAAGAUGCCCUCUCAGAAUCGAUACUCAAAAUGGCCGGGGCUCUCAAGUCAAGCUCGCAGCGCUUCUCGAGCACACUCGAGGCGGACAAAGAGGUUGUUGGCCGCGCGGGCGAGGGCAUGGACAAGACGGAGCGGGGCAUGGAGGCAGCAAGGUCCAAGAUGAACACGCUCAAGAGGGGGUCGGGUGGAUUCCAGAUAAUGGGCAUGGGUAUAUUUGGAAAGUUUUACUUCUACUUCCUUUAUGCCUGCGUGGGGGUGCUCAUGUUUUUGUGCUUUGCGCUGGUGUUCUUUGGGCCAAAGCUCAGGUUUUGA